AAUAUCAAUUCGAUUAACACAUCAGAAUUAGUAGAGUGAGAAAAACAAUUAAUUCAGGAUUCAACGGAAAUCGAUUGAGUGCAAAUGUUUACGAAAAAUGCAAAUUAUGUUCGGAACAAUAUUAUGUGUUUUAUUGAAAAGUUUGAUAUUGACAAAAGCAACUAAUACGCCGAAGGUUGAUAUCACUUCGAACAUCCUUCAAGAAGAAAAUGUUUCCAUGUAUCCGGAUAUAAAUUUCAUGCAGGAUAUUUCAAUGUCCGAGAAAAGUGAUCAUCAUAUACUAAAUUUCAAAUCUGACCGGAGUUAUUCUGAUAGUAUGACUGUGAGAAAUGAGCUAGAAGUCGAUGAGGUUCCACUUGCAAAUAUUUCUAUCAUCCCAAAAUCUAUCGAAAGCAAUCCAACAUCUCUCAGAGCAUUUGUACAAUUCGACAGUCAAUUUACAGAAAAAAUGAACGACAUUUUUGUGACAUUGAGAUGGAACCAACCUGAAUUUACCGAUGAAAUAAUACAGGGAUACACAAUGCAAUGUUUUUUCAUCGAGGACUUUAAAAAGAUUCAAAUCUGCGAUGAUAAAAAUAUCACAACUACAAAAUUGGAGCACACGGUGCACAAUCUAACAUCUAACACAACAUAUUAUUUUCGAGUACGUGCGCAUACUAAAGUUGUUGUUGGUCCUUAUACGGAUUUAAUCAAUGUGUCGACUACACAUGAAAAUCCAAUACCUAAAUUAUUAGUCACAUCAGAAGAAGGUAUCCAGAUUUUGGACAUGGAUUUAAACAUUACUAAUUUCGUAAUGCCAAAAUACGUACAUAAUAUCGCUUAUUCGAUACAAGAACAUAGAAUUUAUUGGCUAUCAGACACUAACCUAAUGACAUUGAAGAUUAAUGAAAAUUAUAUCACAAAAAUAGCUAGCUAUGAUAAUUAUUUAUAUAAUCUCUGCAUUGACUGGGUAGCAAGAAAUCUAUAUUUCACAUAUAAUAAUGACUCAGACUACCCUUUAAUAGUAAUAGUACUCGUAAAGUUCGACUUAACAAUGUGGGAAAAUGGCAUAAUUAAAUUUGAUGAAAUUUACAAAACAAAAAAUGGUAUUCGCUAUUUAAAUGUAUUACCGUCUAUGGGAAUUUUGUAUUACGUAUCAUACAAUUGGAUGAAUUCAGAAGGUGAUAUAAUAAAAUAUCAUCUCGAUAAAAAAAUUGAGCAAAUUGAGCAAAUUGUUCGAAUAAGUGUAUCCUCUUGCCUAUUACAUUAUAUAGAGUCUGUUCAGGAUAUGAUAGUUGAUAACAUGAAUAAUGAGGAGCCGUUAAUUUACUGGUUAAGUAGAGAUCGCAUAUUUGUAACAGACACUAUCGUUUUUAUGUGCAAUGAGAUUUUACACAAGAGAGACAUAAGUGAUAACAUUCUAUUCGAAACUAUGACGAUUGCCAAAACAAACAUUUACAUUUUAGCAAGAGAUUAUUCGAAUGAAUUUUCUUUCUAUGUUUUGAAAAAGAAAUAUGUAAGUCUCAAGAGCGUAAAUGCAGCCGAAUAUGUUGAAAAGAUAAUAAUAAGCUUGAGUGGAAAUAAGCAAUUUGAUAAAAUUCACGCUUUUGAUCAAGCUUUACAAUCAUAUCCUCCAAUGAGAUGCCUGACACCUGACGAAAAAGUUUAUAAUUUUGAGAAUGUGAAUGCAACAACAAACAGCAUCAGUGUGAAUCUUCCGGAGCCGGUUGUAAAGAAUGGAUGCAAAAAAUAUAAUUUACCAACUACUAUAUAUACUAUCUCCGUAAGCUGUUUAGACAACAAUCUCAACAAGUCGGAGAAAUUCAAUGUGCUACGAUAUGUGACGUUCGAGCGAUAUUACGAGAUUCAGAACUUAACACCAUGUACAGAGUACAAGUUGAAGUUUACUUUAAGCAAUUUUUACUUUGAUGAAUUAUCAAUAAAUCCAUUUGAUUCGAAUGUGAUAUCAAUAAAAACUAAUUCCGGUAUUUCGAGCACUUCUGGAAUAAUAGCGAAAAAAUAUUACUUAUUAUUCAUGUUAAGUUUUAUCGUUAUAGUUACUAUAAUCUUCAUCUGCUACUUUUAUUAUUUAUAUCGUCAAAGCAGAGGUAAUAAUGAACAAUUUUUGUCUUCAACAACGGCCGAUGUAGAAUUGGCGAUUCUACAUGAAAUACCUUGCCGAAACCCUCAAUUCAAUAUGAUUUACAGUCCUAUGUUACAUUAUAACCUGGAUGAAUGUGCGAUAACUAAAAUCGCACAAAAUCAAAUUACACUCACAAAACAUCUUGGUAGCGGCGCAUUCGGAAUGGUGUAUCAAGGAAAGGUAAAGGAUUUAGAAAAAUCGGGCACAGAAACGUCCGUUGCAAUAAAAACACUUCGAAAAGAUGCUACUUCCCAUGAGAAAGAGAAAUUCUUAAAGGAAGCCAAGCUUAUGAAUCAUUUUCAACACAAACAUAUAUUAAGAUUAUUGGCCGUUUGUUUAGAUGGAGAUUCUCCGUUAUUAGUGUUGGAAUUGAUGGAAACUGGAGAUCUGUUAAAAUAUUUGAGAGAAUGUCGAAAUUUGCAAGCGUCAGAUUCGCUUGCUCUACGUUUGCAAGAUUUGCUCGCCAUGUGCGAAGAUGUUGCGCGAGGUUGUUGCUACUUGGAAGAGUUGCGUUUCAUACAUAGAGAUCUAGCAUGUCGCAAUUGUUUAGUAUCUUCGAGGAAUCGAGAGAAUCGUGUCAUCAAAAUUGGAGACUUUGGACUAGCUAGAGAUAUCUACAAGGAUGAUUAUUAUCACGUGAAAGGAGAAGGUUUGCUUCCUAUUCGCUGGAUGGCACCUGAAUCUUUGAUAAUGGGAAUAUUUACUUCUCAAAGCGAUGUUUGGUCAUUUGGAAUAUUAAUGUGGGAAAUUACGUCGUUGGGUGAGCAACCUUAUAGUGCCAAGGCUAAUGAAGAAGUGAUAAAUUAUGUACGUGCUGGAGGCAGGUUGCCGAAGACUCUUAACUGUCCGUCACCAUUGUAUCAGUUGAUGCUACGUUGCUGGAGUGCAGCGAAUGUUAGACCAAAUUUCAAAUUUUGUCUGGAAAAUAUUAUAGCAUUAAGAAAGAACAUGGAAGAUGCCUUACUGAGUCCAGUCGAUACUAUUUAGCUGAUAUAAUUAAAUUAAUGUUUA